CGCGUAUAUCGCGUCGUUCUCGCGGCAGUUCCGUGACAGUUAGUGAGAAAACAGCGGGACGUUAUUGUGUCGGAGUAGCUCGCCAGUUUUCCAGUGGAUUGAACUUUUUGUUAAAUCGCUCCGGUUCUUCGUACUGCGGCGACGAUGAAAAAACUUGUAAUACUUAUCGCAGGUUUAUUCCUGUUGGCAGGGGUCGUCCGGGCCGAUGAUGACGUCGACGAGGAUGUCGGCACCGUGGAAAACGAUCUCGGUGCCAGUCGCGAAGCAUCGCGAACAGAUCAUGAAGCAGUACAAAGGGAAGAGGAAGCAAUAAAAAUAGAUGGCCUGAACACUGCUCAAGUGAAGGAGCUAAGAGAAAAGGCCGAGAAAUUCGCAUUCCAGACUGAGGUCAAUCGUAUGAUGAAACUCAUUAUCAAUUCUCUCUAUCGUAACAAGGAGAUUUAUCUCAGGGAAUUGAUCUCGAAUGCAUCGGACGCUCUCGACAAAAUCAGGCUGUUGUCUCUCACAGACAAGAGCGUCUUGGACACUAACAGCGAACUGGCUAUCAGAAUAAAGGCCGAUAAGGACAACAAGGUGUUACAUAUAACGGAUUCGGGUAUUGGUAUGACAAAGCAAGACCUGGUGAGCAAUCUUGGAACCAUCGCAAAGUCCGGUACGGCAGAAUUCUUAGGAAAAAUGCAAGACGUCACAAACGCACAAGACAUGAACGACAUGAUCGGUCAGUUCGGCGUAGGCUUCUAUUCCGCGUACUUGGUCGCGAAUGUUGUUGUUGUUACCACCAAGCACAACGAUGACAAACAGUAUAUUUGGGAAUCCGACAGUUCCAACUACAGUAUCGUUGAAGAUCCACGAGGAGACACUCUGAAGAGGGGAACAACCAUAAGCUUGCACUUGAAGGAUGAAGCAGUGGAUUUCUUGGAACCGGACACGAUAAAGACCUUGGUGAAGAAGUACUCUCAAUUCAUCAACUUCCCCAUAUACUUGUGGAACAGCAAAGUUGUGCAGGUCGAUGCAGAAGACAUAGACGAUGAGAAACCUGUGAAGGAAGAAGAAGAUAGCGACAAGACGGAGGAAGAGGACGACGCGAAGGUAGAAGAGGACACGGACGAAGAGAAGAAGCCCAAGAAGAUAGACAAGACCGUGUGGGACUGGGAGUUGUUAAACGACUCGAAGCCGAUCUGGACGCUGAAGCCGAGCGAAGUCGACGAGAAGGAGUACACCGAGUUCUACAAGACGCUUACCAAGGACAAUCAGGAGCCCUUAGCGAAGAUACAUUUCAUCGCGGAGGGCGAGGUGACGUUCAAAUCCGUUCUGUUCAUCCCACCGGUACAGCCGGGUGACAGCUUCAAUCGUUACGGCACCAAGUCCGACAAUAUCAAGCUGUACGUAAGGCGAGUCUUCAUCACUGACAAAUUCACCGACAUGAUGCCGAAUUACCUGUCGUUCAUUCGCGGUAUCGUGGACAGCGACGACUUGCCGCUCAACGUUUCGCGUGAGAACCUUCAGCAGCACAAGUUAAUCAAGGUCAUCAAGAAGAAACUCGUCAGGAAGGUGUUGGACAUGAUCAAGAAGAUCUCCAAGGACGACUACCAGAACUUCUGGAAGGAGUACAGCACGAACAUCAAGCUGGGUAUAAUCGAGGACGCGCAGAACCGCGCGAGGUUGUCGAAGCUGUUGCAGUUCCAGUCGUCUACGCAGAAGGAGCUCACCUACCUGUCCGACUACGUCUCCCGCAUGAAGCCUAAGCAACAGUACAUCUACUACAUCGCUGGUUCGUCGGAGGACGAGGUGAAGAAGUCGCCGUUCGUCGAGAGGCUAGACAAGAAGGGUUACGAGGUGCUGUAUCUGACCGAGGCGGUGGACGAAUAUGCACUCUCAGCACUGCCGGAAUUUGAGGGCAAGAAGUUCCAGAACGUGGCGAAGGAGGGCUUCACGCUGGACGAGGGCGAGCAGGCGAAGGAGCGAUUGGAACAGCUGAAGACGACGUUCGAGCCUUUGGUGAAAUGGCUGAACGAUAUCCUGAAGGAGCACAUCAGCAAGGCGCAGGUGUCCGAGCGCCUGACCGACUCGCCCUGCGCCCUGGUCGCCAGUAUGUUCGGCUGGACGGGCAACAUGGAGCGGCUGGCGAUCUCGAACGCGCAUCAGAAGACCGACGAUCCACAGAAGAGUUACUACCUGAAUCAGAAGAAGACGCUGGAGAUUAACCCGAGGCAUCCGCUCAUCAGGGAGUUGCUGCGCAGAGUCGAGGUUGAGUCGUCCGACCAGACGGCCAAGGACAUGGCUCUGAUGAUGUUCCGCACGGCGACCCUGCGAUCGGGAUACAUGCUGCGCGAGACCGCCAGCUUCGCCGACAGCGUCGAACAGCUGAUGAGAAAGAGCUUGGGCAUCUCCGUUGACGAAGUGCCCGAGGAGGAGGAGUCGCACGAGGAGGAGACGGCGAGCAACGAUGCCGAGACGGAGAGGGUGUCGGACCUCGAUGCCGAGGAUGACAAGGACGAGGAACACGACGAGUUGUAAUGAUGCGGAGGCACGUGAGGCAACGAAAGACUUUAUUCUAGAGAGCGCUGUAGCUAUACCAUGAUGUAUAGUUACCCCGUGUUUUGCCAAGAUUGCCAAGUACACAGCAUCUGGAUUCUGGAUCAAUCUAUCAAUUCGGCCUGGAAUCGUGCAAAUUUCUAUAGAUGCCCAAUGUUGUUAAAUACGAGAAUCGAGACGUUCAAGACUUUUUCAAGACAUACCUCGGUGUUCUUUGUUUUUCUUUUCUUCUUUAUAUUUAACGCCAUUAAUCAUACAUGCGUUGUAUCGUGUUCCUCAUUGGUAUCGACGAAAUUGUAAAUUUAAGAGAGCUCUAUACAUAAUUUAUUCCCUAUAUAAUUAUGAAUUAAAUAUAAUUUACAUUUGAUCUUCCACAUCUUUUUUAGUAAUAUAUAAAAUUAUAAAGAAAGCACUGACUGAGUGUUAGUGACGUAAGGUAUGUUUGCGAUGUGUGUGAGUAUUUGUACAUGAAUUAUAUUAAACAAAUUAUAUUAAAAUGAUGUAUAUACAUAUA